AUGCAUUUAGAUACUAAGGCCCUUCGUCAUCUGGCCUCUGAGGACUGGAAAGUCCUUGCAGCUGUUGAGCAAGGCAGCAAAAACCAUGAGCUGGUCCCGACGCCCUUGAUCGAGAAACUUUCCCGACUUCGAGGCGGCGCAAAUGGCGUGCAUAGAUCAAUUUCCGCUCUCGCCAAGGUUGGCCUUAUCGCCCGCGUGAAGGAAGCCAAAUACGAUGGCUACCGCCUGUCAUACGGAGGUCUCGACUACCUUGCCAUGCACACGUACUCAACGCGUAAGGAGGUUUAUAGUGUAGGAAGUCGAGUCGGUGUUGGAAAGGAGAGCGAUAUCAUGAUGGUCGCCGACGACAGAGGCAAGCAACUUAUCCUCAAAAUCCACAGAUUGGGCCGCAUUUCCUUCCGAACCGUCAAGUCCAACCGUGACUACCUCAAGAAGAACCAGUCUGGAUCAUGGAUGUAUCUCUCACGGCUGGCUGCCAUGAAGGAGUUUGCAUUCAUGAAGGCGCUAAAAGAGGAAGGAUUUCCUGUGCCGGAUCCCAUUGCUCAAAAUCGGCACACCAUCGUCAUGUCGUUCAUUGACUCCUACCCUCUCCGCCAAAUCUCCUCAGUACCGGACCCAGCUACCUUAUAUGCUGAAUUGAUUGAGUUGAUUCUUCGUCUGGCCAAACAUGGACUGAUUCAUGGCGAUUUUAACGAGUUCAAUAUCCUUAUUAAGGAGGAGAGAGACACAACGACUGAUCAAUCCGAGGAGGAUUCCAUCAAGUUGGUCCCUAUCAUCAUUGAUUUCCCUCAAAUGGUGUCCAUGGACCAUACGAAUGCCGAAAUGUACUUUGACCGUGACGUCAACUGUAUCAAGCGCUUUUUUGAGAAAAGGUUCCACUUCACUAGCACAACUCCUGGGCCAUUUUACAAGGAUGCAAAGAAGACGGUCGGGAGAGGCGGCGCAACAAGACUCGAUGCAACCGUGGAAGCGUCUGGCUUCACCAAGAAAAUGGCCAAAGAUCUCGAAAAGGCCAUCCAGGAGCAGGCCUCGUCCAAGGGCGAUGAUGGAGAAUUCGGCGGCGAGGAUGAUGAGUACGAAUCGGAGGAGGAGGAAGAGGAAGAGGAAGAAGAAGGAGAAGUCGAUGGGGAGGACAACGGGGAGAACUCGCUAACUGGCGGCGCAGACGGUGUUGAGAAAGUCGGCAAGGACGAAGAGAUUGAUACCCAAAAGUUUCAAAAGUUGACUGUAACGUAA